AUGGCCUUUUCGGACGAGAUGGCCCGGUGUAGUGAUGAGGUUCCGUACCCCACUCAAUGUGACCCCAAGCUCCAGUCAACAGGUGACACCAACUGGGAUUCCUACGCAACUACCAUGAAGACGGCAUUCACACCUAAAAGAGGGAUAGUGCCCGAUUUAAUACGUCCAAAGAGCACCAGAAGAUUAGGAUAUACUUACUCUCUUAGUGAUCCUAUCCUGAAUGAGACCCAAUACCAUGACGAGUAUACCUGGAAAUUACGUCCUAAAGAAAACGCGCUCAAGCUUGGAACUACAAGAGGAGUAAGGAACCAAAGAGCUCAUCUCGAUCAUGAAUUCUUUCCGUGGGAACUCCCUCAAGGGACAGAGCCCCCUUCCAUGGAAGGGGUAGAGAAAGCAAUAGCCAAUCUGUUUGUCUCCCGGACCAAGGCAGACUUUGUGGACCUGACUCAAGCUACGAAGCCCAUGAAAAAAUUUCCCAGGUCCCAGGACCAGAAAUCUCUCCUGCCCCAGUCUCUGGAAACUGAGUUUCGACAAAAUUACCAAAUUCCAGCUAAGAUUCCAGAAUUGCACGACUUUAGUUUCAAAUACGGAUGCUACUCGAGCCUGCCUGCGGCUUCCCAGGGUCUAGUGCCUUCUGUGCUACACAGUUAUAUUCGGAACCAGGAACGCACAAAGAAGCAGACCACGUACGAGAGUGACUACGGGAAAGCCUGCCUGGACUUCCUGACGAUCCUAGACUCAUUCUCCCCGAGUCAAAUCCACAAGUACCUGGAAAGUGUUUCCUACAAAGACCGACAGAUUCUAGAGCGCUUCAUCCAUUCUCACCGUGACACCGAGGCACUGCCAAAGGAGAAUGGAAAACAAAGUAACAGGAAGAGACCGUGAGACCAGUGGACAGAGGAAGCUUCAGUCAUUUUCUAAUAAUCAAGAAAUAAUAAUAAUCAAGAAAAAUAGGUGAAAUUUCUCCAAAUAUAUUGUGCUAGUAUGGACCUGCAUGUUCUGAUUUGCUAAAGUGGAAGGAUUUAAAGUUCUAAUCUCGCCCACCCCCGAUACGCACACACAUACCUGUGUCUCGAAGGUUUAGAUACCACAUCUUUCUUUUUUCUUUUAUUUAUUUUUACAGCUUUUGCUUUCAACCUUGAGUUCCUCUUCAGAGAAAUUUCAGCUUCCCAAAAACAAAAAAGUUCUUAAGGACAUUUCUGUAGUUGAUUUUUGUUUUGAAUGCUAGAAAAAACAAUCUUCACACUUUGGAGAAUUCAUCAAAGCUUCCCUGUAUGUGGCUAUUCCAGUAUACGAUUAAUUUAUAUUUUUAUAAGCAUAUAUGAGAAAAAAAUUCAUUUAUGUACUUCUGAAAUCCUUAUUGUUGCCUUAACAGUAUUCUUGAACUGUCAAGUCUUGAAAAAGAUAUUUUAAAACAUCAGACAAUAAAUUCGGUCUUAUUAAUCUC